AGAGCUAGGUAGUCCAGCAUUGGUGAGUCAGAUAGGAGCGAAAGACGUUUAGAUGUAAUAGUCGUCAUGAAUGAUCAGUGUGAACUUGCCUGAUACAUUUGCUUCAUCAAGUAACACCUAGUUGGACUAUAUAGUAGAAUAUACUCACAUUAUCUAUCUAUGCGGGAUGUUUUCUGGAUAUAUUCGAUGGUGGUCGUUCAAGAGUAAGCCAAAAGUGAGUGCAGAUUUGAAGUCAAUGGGGUAACCCUAACUGAGACUACCAGCAGCGAGAGCAUCCUUACCCUGAGCUAUUAAAUCCUGGAUAGACCACCGUAUUUUAUUGAACUGGUUGUCAUUCUCUAGACAUUCCUCAAUGUCGUCCUCUUCUACGUUAUCUAUCAUAGAUUGCGGAGAUGGAGAACGUCUGUCUAGCUGGAGCUGCUCUACUAAGCGUUUCAAUUCCUUUAUCUGCUUGACGUGCUUCAAUCUCGUCUGCUCGAGCUGGUGAUUGAUUGCGAGGAGUGCUUUAUUGCUGAUCUCCAGAUCUGCUAUCUUUCUAUUCUCUAUAUCUUUCCUCUGAUUACUCGGGCUGCCGGUACCACUAUCCGUGUAAUGCCUCACUCUGGCUUUAUAUGGUGACUGCAUCGAUGAUGAAUGUUUCAACUCAACAACCAACACGCUCAGAUGCGUGAAUUCGUAUAUAACAGCUAUAGAUUCAUUCUCAAACCUUCAACUAAUAGUGACUUUCAAUGGAAUGAUAUAUUGCAAGUUAUAGUACCCACUAUUUCCCCUUUAGAAUCCUUCAACUUGCAUUCUGAGCCAGCUACUUGUCCGAUAUGCUUAGAUAGACAUACAGCUCCUAGAAUGCUCCUAUGCGGUCAUAUAUUUUGUUUACAUUGUUUACUUCAGCAUCUAUCAAAUAGCGAGAACCAGAAGUUCACAAAAUGCGCUGUAUGUGGAGACGUAUUUUACUUAAAGAACGUAAAACCAGUGCAUUUCUACAAUAUCUACCCAUCAACUUCUAUCGUGGAUCUCACUCUCCUGCGUAAACCCCCGUCUAGUCAGCUAGCUCUACCCUUAGGUCAUUUCUACCCUAGCUCACUUAUACCACCACAAGAAAUCCCGCCUUCAUUCAUUCCAAUCGUAUUUACUUUCGCGAAAUACAUGCUAGCCACAUCUAGUUCACUCAAUAGCCUAUACGUUAAUGAUAUACACAAACUACAAUCGGAACGCGAAAAGAAUCAAGGUGAUCAUUUCACGCAAAUGUUUAUUGAUCAAGCGACCGAAAAGGUCAUUGACGCAACUCACACUAUCAAUGAAACUAUUGAUACGCCCAUUCUUCACCAAAUUGAGGAACGUCAGCAAGAUAUCUAUAAUCAGCUUUCAAAACGUUCUGAAUAUGUUCCACCUGAACAUACGCGUGAUUACUUUUUCUACCAAUCUAGUCAAGGAUUACCAAUAUAUUUGCAUACACUCGACACACGGAUUCUAUUACAUCAAUUCAAGUCCUAUUCACUUUUCCCACCAAAACUUUCUCUGCCGAUUGAACACAUACAAGAGGCUACAAUGGAUGAAAAUCUUCGCAAACGUUGCAAAUAUCUUUCGCAUGUUCCACUCGGUAGUGAUAUAAUAUUUGUAGAAACAUCACUCAAGGAUAUAGUUGAUGAGGAAACAUUGUUAUUUUUUAAAGAGCCUCUUGAGCAACGCAAAACCAGACGGAACGCCAAACAUAGACGAGAGGAGAGAGAAUCAGCAAAGGCAGCUAAACGAGCGAUGAUUUUAGAAAAUGAAAGAAUAGCUCAACAGGCAGAGGCCUUAUCUACAAAGUCAUUCCCUCAAAUGGUAUCAACGCCAAGACCUAUAGAGGAAGAGGAUGAAGAGACUCAGCUAAAUCAUGCACUCGCUCUUAGUGCAGCGGCUACAAGGAGCCAAAAUGGGGGCGGAGGUCCAUGGGGAACCUCGUUUGCUACAGCCCUGUCCAGCCAAGACGCUAUUAACAACCAAAGUAAGCAUGAUAUGGAGACAUUUGACGCCCAGUGGAAUGCAGCCAUCGAGCAACAAGGAACUACACAAGAAAAUGAAAAUAAUGGUAAAAAGAAGAAAAAGAAAAAGACUUUAGUUUUAGGCGCUAUAGGCUCUCGUAGAGCUUGAUCAAAUGAAAUGAUACUAGAAUUGCACUACACAGCAAAUAUGAAUCAAAUUGGAUAAAUACAACUCUUAGAUUACAUGUAUACAAAUAAUUUGCAUAUAAUUACAUACACUUCAUUGAAUAUCGAAUAAAAUUACUAGUUCUUUGAGAAUCUACCGUUACCAUCCCUCAUUUUGUGAUGCACUUGCGUGUGUAACGAUGAUUUUGACUCAUUUUGUUUUUUCCUGGGUGGAUUUUCUGAUCUUUUGCUCUUUUUCGUGGUUUUCUUUGGGCUCGUUUGAUUUUCUUCGUCAUUAUCUAUUGAAUUUUGCUGUAUAGGCGUCGACUGGGAUUUUUGUGGUGUCCAUUCAGACUGGCCUGGAGUAAUCUCAAGAUUUUCUUGACUUGACUCAAUUAUAUCUAAAGUAGAUCUGGGCAUUUUUGCGCUUGAUUCAGGCUUCUUUGGUGUCGAUUCAAGUUCGGCUGCUACCGAUCGAUGUUCUUCUACCGCCUGAGACUUUGUCUUUGUAGGUACUUCCACCUUCUUGAGAUCAUUUUCACUAAUUUUAUUGGCAGCAAUGAAACUCUGUACAAGAGGGUCUGUAAUCUUCCUCCUUCCUCUGAACGCACCAUAAACAUAUGUGAUACCAUUGCCUUUUAUCGUCGGUUUCUUCUCAGUCUCUUUCUCACCCUUGACAUCUGAAGAAUCUGCCUUGUUCUUUGGAGGUCGGCCACGACCACGACCUGGUACCUUCUUUGCACUUUCGACGACAGAGUCUCUAUGUUUGCGUUUCCUGCCUCGUUUAGGGGUUGAUACUUCAGCGUAUCUCUUACGCAUCGCACUCGGACUUUGUGGUGGAAACGGUGACUCUUGCCAUAACUUCAGUUCUUUUGCGUCCUGGGUAUCACUCUGCAGGUUAUGUCUAUUAGACGUAAUUCGAGGCGUACUGAUUGUUCCAAUGCUAGGUGCUUUGGUUUCAGGCAUGACAAUCUUCUUACUCGAAAAAUCAUAUUUCUCUCCUCUAACUCGACAAGAUAUAGCUUCUUCCCAAAUACUCUUUGCGUUGUAUUCCUGACCGACACCAGACCAUAUUCCAAAGCCAUCAGCGGCAUCAAUCAGGCUAAACUCUCUGUGUUUAUCAAUCUCAUUAGGUAUGUUGACACCAAAUGCUACUAAUGAACGAUGUGAUUUUCGCGAAUUGGCGAUUUCUUGAUUUGGCGCUUUAAGUCGAGCGUCAGCGGCUAUCAUUAAUGCAGAUGGUGGCUUGAUGAAUGAUUUCAACGUAU